AUGCUCAAGGCGAAGUCAGCUCAGGUCAGCGAGCAGGCCUCGAGCGUGUCCAAGAGCAUCAAGUGCCCAUGGACGAAGGAGGAGGAUGACCGUGUGGCCGACCUUGUCGCUCGUUUCGGCGUCAAGUCAUGGUCCGCACUCGCCACCUACAUGCCUGGGAGGACGGGGAAGCAGAUCAGAGAGCGAUGGCACAACCACCUGGACCCCAACGUGAGGAAGGAGCGCUGGACACCUCAGGAGGACGCAGCGAUCAUAGAGGCACAUGCGCAUCUGGACAACAAGUGGGCGGAGAUUGCCAAGCUGUUGCCGGGAAGGACGGACAACGCAAUCAAAAACAGGUGGAACUCAACGCUGAGGAGGGUGGUGGAG